AUGGAUCUCAAGCGCAUCAACUCUCUUAUCCGUGAGAUCCCUGACUUCCCCAAGCCAGGUAUCCUCUUCAAAGAUAUCUUCCCGCUAUUUCAGGACCCGAUUGCUGUCGAAAUGGUGAUCACUCACAUUGUGAACUACAUCAACACCUCCAUCGACAAGAAGAUCGAUGUCGUCGUCGGCCUCGAUGCCCGUGGAUUUCUCUUCGGCCCAUUGAUUGCCAUGCGCCUUGGUGCUGCCUUUGCCCCCGUCCGUAAGGCCGGAAAGCUCCCUGGCUCAACCAUCCAGGUUUCGUACGAAAAGGAGUAUGGAACUGAUAUCUUUGAGAUGCAGGCAGACUCGAUCAAGCCCGGUCAGAACGUGAUUGUCAUUGAUGACUUGAUCGCUACCGGUGGCAGUGCUGCCGGUGCUCAGGAACUGAUUAAGAAGUUGGAGGGCACAGUCCUCUCCUUUAUCUUCUUGAUUGAGCUUGAGUUUUUGAAGGGUAAGGAUGUCCUCAAGGCCCCCGUCUAUUCCAUGAUCAAGGCAUAG